UAGAGAAAGAUAAAGCCUUUCAUAUAGUGUUGUUGUCUAUCAUGGAGCUAGGAGGUGAAGAAGAAAGAUUCAACAAAUAUGCUUUUGCAUGUGCUAUAGUCGCUUCCAUGAUAUCCAUUAUAUUUGGUUACGAUACUGGUGUUAUGAGUGGAGCCAUGAUAUUCAUAAAGGAUGAUCUUGGAAUCAGUGACACCCAACAAGAGGUUCUAGCAGGAAUCUUAAACCUUUGUGCAUUGGUGGGAUCCUUAGCUGCUGGAAGAACCUCUGAUUACAUUGGACGACGCUACACGAUUGUCCUAGCUUCUGUCCUCUUCAUGGUUGGUGCAAUUCUCAUGGGGUAUGGCCCAAACUAUGCAAUUUUAAUGGUGGGAAGGUGUGUUGCUGGUAUUGGUGUGGGCUUUGCUCUUAUGAUAGCACCAGUUUACUCUGCAGAGAUUUCCUCUGCUAAAUCACGAGGCUUUCUAACAUCCCUACCUGAGCUUUGUAUAGGUAUUGGGAUCUUACUAGGCUACGUGGUAAACUACUUCUUUGGGAAAUUGACUUUGAAGCUUGGAUGGAGAUUGAUGCUUGGUAUUGCAGCAAUUCCUUCACUUGCUUUGACUUUUGGCAUUCUUACAAUGCCAGAGUCUCCAAGGUGGCUGGUUAUGCAGGGCCAUCUAGGAAAAGCUAAGAAAGUACUAUUGCAAGUUUCAAAUACUGAACAAGAAGCUGAACUUCGCUUCAAAGAUAUAAAAAUUGCUGCUGGGAUUGACGAGAAUUGCACAGAAGAGAUGGUUAAGCUACAUCAAAGGAACAAUGGUGAAGGGGUUUGGAAAGAGUUGAUACUGAGGCCCUCUCCUUCUGUUCGUUGGAUGUUGAUUGCAGCGGUUGGGAUUCACUUUUUUGAGCAUGCAACUGGAAUAGAAGCUGUAAUGUUAUAUAGUCCAAGAAUCUUUAAAAAAGCUGGUGUUACAAGUAAGGAUAAGCUCUUGCUCACAACAAUUGGAGUAGGCCUUACAAAAAUCACUUUUUUAAUAAUAGCCUCAUUUUUACUUGACAAAGUUGGAAGAAGACGCCUCUUGCUUAUAAGCACUGGAGGAAUGGUUUUUGGCCUUACGGUAUUAGGGUUCAGCUUGACCAUGGAGGAAAAAUCCCACGAAAAACUCACAUGGGCCUUGACCCUUAGCAUUGUGGCUACUUACACCUUUGUUGCUUUUUUUAAUAUUGGGCUUGGACCUGUUACGUGGGUCUAUAGCUCAGAGAUUUUCCCUUUGAAGUUGAGAGCACAAGGAGCAAGUAUAGGAGUUGCAGUGAACAGGGUCAUGAAUGCUGCUGUUUCCAUGAGUUUUAUUUCAAUCUACAAAGCAAUUACCAUAGGUGGGAGCUUUUUCAUGUUUGCCGGUAUAUCUGUAUUAGCUUGGCUGUUCUUCUAUUUUUUCCUGCCUGAAACCAAGGGCAAGGCCUUGGAAGAGAUGGAAAUGGUUUUCAGCAAAAACUCUAGUAGAAAUGUAGCUGCAGGAACUGAUCUGAAAGAGAAUGCGUAGUGUGUGUUUUAGUUGAGAUAUUGAGAGAAUGGUUGUGUGUAAUGUGUAAU